AUGGGGCCGUCCAGACGAGCCAACGUGGUUCCGAACGCCUUUGCCGGUGGCUAUAGCCAGACAGUCAAAAAUCGGCUUGACAAGGUUGUCUUCCCGGAUAGAAUCAAGUGCGGAACCUGCAAGAAGUUUCGGUACAUCGGCACUUUUUCUAACAGACAGUUGGACAUCCUACGUCAUGCCGUAGUGGCCGAUGGAGUUUCGCCUGUUACCAGCGGAAUUGCCAGAUGCAGACAGUGCACCGGUCCAGGCAAUACUGAAUUGAAAUGCUCCCAGUGUGAUCGUGUCAAAUCGAUUGAAGAGUUCGCGAAGAACCAGCGUCAGGAGCGCGAUACUGCGCGAUGCAUGAACUGUGUCCAGAAGCAUACGGAGACUGAGCCCUUGAUUGAUGAAAUGAAGCAGAUCACCGGGGGCGAUGAUACUACUGCUAGCUCUGUUACUGCAGGCACUAGCUCUAUGGCUGUCUCGCUCAAGCGGCUCCAGCUGACCGGUGCUCAUGAAGGAUCUGGUUACAGCGACGAUGAGGAUGACGAUGACGAUUUGUCCGUUGGCGGCGGUGUCUUUCUUGAACCUGGACACACCGACGAGAACAGCAGCGCCAAUAAGGGCAAAGAGAGAGUCUUCACCGGCUACGAUCCUCAGGGAAACCCCCAUGUACUCACUCACCGUGCGGAGGCCACCCAGUCCUACGAGAGCGAAUGGUCUGUCUGGGGAGUCAAGAGCAAGGCUACUAGAAGUGAGGCCGGUCCCGCCAGAGCAACGCCGAAGAAGGAGUCCAAGUUCGCAAAGAUUCCGCGCACCAUCUAUGAGAAGGGUGAACUGCCGAGCAUGGCCAUUCCCGACGCCAGCGGUGCGAACAUCCCUUCUGACGACGAAGAAGAGAAUGAUUUGGACGGCUUUCUGUGA